UUAAAUCUCUCCUUUACAGCAACCAUGAAAAUUGAAUUCGGAAAUCAAAGACAGGGUCUCUGGGCCUCAGUUUUUAUUAUAUGUCUGAUCGUAAAUGGUCAAAUUUCUACCGAGGCUAAGAACUGCAAGAAGAUCGAUGACUGUUCCUGUGAGUUCGACGACGGAAGUGGACGAGUUGACAUACGGGGUCUUGGUAAACAGGACGGAACGCCAGCGUUCAGCGCUAACGAGCCAAAUAAUUAUUGGAAUUACCAGUACAACCCAUGUUACCCGUUUUCACAGGGAGCCUACUGUCAGAACGUCGCAGUCUGCCAGAAGUCGAGCGGUGGAGACUAUGGCUAUCCCAUAGGCCGGCAGGAUUCAGCAGAGUGGAGCUUUGACCCCAAGACACAACAAGUCCAAGUACAGUACUCAGAGUCCACGGGGCUAAAAGAGAGCACCAUAGUGACGUGGAAAUGUGACCCCGGCGUCACUGGUGAUGCGACCUAUAAGGCAAACACUGGAAACACGUCACCAUAUACGCUCACUGUUACCCAUGCAAGUGCGUGCCCGUCUCAUAACACUGGUAACACUGGGAUCAGUGGGGGUACCGUACUCAUUAUUGUGUUCGUAGUUCUUUUACUGGUUUAUGUAAUAGCUGGCAUAAUAUUCAAUAAAGUAAGAAGGCAAGCCUCGGGAGCCGAACUCAUCCCUAAUGCAAACUUUUGGAAGGGUUUCCCAUUUUUGGUAAAGGAUGGUGCUGUAUUCGUGUUUACUGGAUGUAAGACGGACAGAAUUUAUAAAAACUUGGACUCAAAAUAGCCCUCCUGACCUAGAUAGGAAUGAAUAUUUGUAAAAAUAAUGUAUUUACUGUGAGGACUAUAAACACAUGACUAAAAUUAAGAACAAACAGACGUUGGGGAGAGUUGGAGGGGGUGGUGGUGUUUGGUGGUGUUUGGUGGUGACGAAGAAUCAACUCCCUUUUCGAAGACAAAAUGGUAAAAUCAACCCAAUUUUCUUCCGAAAAGCCACACCUUGUGGUGUUACAGAAGGGCCAAAGGGCACAAAUUGCCCCAUUUCUUCAAAACUAAAUGCUUGUGA